CCCACUCGGGCGGUCACCGUCUCCGCGGAAGGCUCCGGAGGCAAAGGAGGGCUCGUCCCGAAGUAGGCGGCCGGGAAAGCCUCGCAAAGUGAAUCAAGCACCGACAUAAAACCAAGCCUGCGCUUUCCUGCGACUCAAAAGCAGUCGUGGGCGCUUGCUUGAUGACGCACGCGGCGCGCGACAAAGUCCAACAGACCGGCUGGCUGAUGGCGCCCGUAGCGAGAAGGAGGGACUUUGCGGGCUUGAAAAGAAAUGGAGGGACCGAGACGUCGCAGGCAGCUCGACCGAGCCGGAAGCAGCCGUGGAGACGGGACCCUCGUCUGGUGAGGGGGAGCGUCCGGGAGGGUCAAGGCUUUGCCUUCUGGAGAAAGCAAAAAAUUCAACAUGACUACAAGAAAUUACUGAAAAAAGAAAGUAAUGCCAAGCCUCAGAAAAACAUUAUGUACACAGAAGAUUACCCAGAACACUUGAAACAUCUUUACUUAGCUGAAGAAGAAAUGCUGAAGAAACAACGCAGGCCUAAAAAUGAUGUUCCAGUUGUACAGGAAGAAAUGGAUGCUGCAACACCAAAGUCCGGUAUUAUUCAAAGAAAACAUAAAACAAAAACCUCAAACCAGAAAGCAAAAGAAGAUUAUGAGAAAAUAAAGGCUGCACGAGAUAAGAACAAAGAGGCAGCCAAAAAAAGGAGAGAAGAAAGAGAAAAAGCUCAGAAGCUCUACAAACAGAAGAAAAUGGAAGCUUAUAAAAUAUUGAGUAAAAAAACUAGAAAAGGACAGCCAAAUCUAAACUUACAAAUGGAGUACCUCCUUCAGAAAAUACAGCAAAACCCAUAACUGUUUCUUAUUUAAUACAAUCUUCAAUUUUUGGAAUAUCAGCUCUCAUUAAAGUGUUUCGUUAUAGUUAAAGUGUUUUUUUUCAGGAGCAGAAUAAAAUCUGUUUGCAAAUUCUCA